AUGUCUUCAUUAAAUAAUGUCCUUUAUUUCCAAGCUGGUCUUGCAGUCCUAGCCAAUAUAUGUCUUUUUUUUUUCUACACUUUCAUAAUCCUAUGUCACAGACCUAAGCUUAUGGAUCUGAUGUAUUGUCAACUGGCCUUCGUUCACCUAGUGAUGCUCCUCACAGGAGGGGACAUUUGGCUUAUAGACAUAUUUGACACACUGAACAUUGAGAAUGAUGUCAAAUGUAAGGCAACUUUUUACGUACACAGGGUGCUGAGAGGCCUCUCUAUCUGCCUCACCUGCCUCCUCAGUGUGUUCCAGGCUGUCACUCUAAGUCCCAGUACGUCUUUGUUGUCAAAGUUUAAACAAAAACUAAAAAAAUACAUGAUCUAUGCUUUCUUCUGUAUUUGGUCUUUCAAUUUGUCCUUCAGUAGUAACCGGAUCUUCUAUGUGGGUGCUUUUACCAAUCUGAGUGAUGCCAACCAGAUGAAAGUCACUAAAUCCUGCGCACUCUUCCCCAUGAACUACAUCAUCGAGGGAUUGAUUUUAACACUGACAAUUUCCAGAGAUGUGUUUCUUGUAGGAGUCAUGCUGACCACAAGUGCAUACAUGGUGAUUAUCUUGUUCAGACAUCAGAGGCAAUGCAAGCAUCUUCAUAGCAUCAGCCACCUGGGAGCGCCCCCUGAGAAAAAGUCCACCCAGACCAUCUUGCUGCUGGUGGUUUUCUUUGUGAUCACAUAUUGGGCAGACUUCAUCAUCUCAUUCACCUCAGUCCUAUUAUGGAUGUACGACCCAGUCAUCCUAGUGGUUCAGAAGUUUGUGAUGAAGGCUUAUCCCACAAUUACCCCAUUAAUACAAAUCAGUUCUGAUAAUAGAAUAAUCAAUAUGCUGAAAAACAUGCAGUCAAUGUGCCAGCAGAUUGUUAAAAAACGGUAA